AUGGCCACCCUGUCGCAUCGUUCCUCGAACGAAGCUAUCCCCCCUCCUGCGCAGCCCUGCAAGCCGGCUCAGGCUCAACACGACGACGAAUCGCUCCUGGCACCGGCCAAGCCCUCCACCUCGACGCCUCGAUCGUCCACGUCAGACCGCUCGCCCUCGGACCUCAACCUCAACCUCAACCCCAAUACUGUCGUCGCCCUCUCCGCCCACCAUCGCCACUCGUCCAGCCUGCGCUCCACGUCCUCGCUCUCGCUUUCCAAAUCCCACCGCGCGGCCAACAGCCUCCUCAACCGAGCCGCUGCCGCCUUGGUCAGCAUUUCCAACCCGGGCGUCCGACCUCGCCUCUCAAACUCGACGCUCCCUCGUCGUCCGUCGUUGGCGUCCGCAUCAGCAUCAGCAUCAGCAUCCGCCCCCGCCCCCGCCCCCGCCCCAGAACCGUCGAGUCCGAGAAAAAACACCAACCUCGAGGCUUCGUCGUCCAGCACUUCUCUGGCUCAUCACGAGCUGCUGUCCCAGCCAUACUCCGAGACGGAUCCAAGCCUUCCUCCGCCCGUUCGGUCGAUUGACUCUGACAGAAAGAUGCAUCAAACCUCGUCGCGCUUGCUGCGCAUGACCGACGAUGACCGACCAUUUACCAGGGAUUUCAAGGAUUUGUUUGCGACGCUGAUUGUCAGCCUGUUGCCUUUGUCUGCACACCGCGUGCGCUUGACCAAGGUCGAGUAUACGUUCCUGUCGGAAGACGCCAUCAACAAUCUCGGCUCCCUCAAGUUUUCGCAAUCAAAUCGCAUGCCCGAUCCCAAAGAUUCGUCCAGGAUCGUCACGACCACGACAACAACCACCUUCUCCAUGGCCAAGGAUAUGGCCCGGUCAAUAUGCCAACGCUUCGUCGAGGCCCGGUUUAUCGAGUCUGCAGACGGCAAGUACCAGCAGGUGUACACGAUGAAGGGCUCCGUUUGGCAGCUGACACCCAAGGGCAUCUGCGUUCUGGACCGGUUCUGUGCCAGGAACGGGAUCCAGCAGAAGCAGGUGGCCGAGCUGACCAACAUGCACUCGACGCACCUCGUCAUUCUGGAGCGCGACCAGCAGACGGACACGCUCAUGCAUGACUGGGGCACCAUCGAGGUCAUCUUCCGGCGGUUCGUCGGCACCGAGGGCCGCAACGUCAAGACGAGCGUCACGGCCGCCGACUCUGACUCGCUGCACGACUACAAGGACGGCCUCACCGGCGUCAAGAUGGCGGCCGAGCGCAGGGUCAACGGCAAGACGUACCAGGACACGUUUACGGGCAAGGCCACGGUGGACUGGCUGAUGGACUGCUCCACCAUUGUGGACCGCCGCGAGACGAUUGAGAUUGCGUCCCUGUUUGUGGAAUACGACCUGAUGAAGGCGGUGGUGCCGGACCGGGCCUUCCUGUCGCAAAACACGGGCUGCAACCUGUUCCAGCCGACCAAGUACGCCGUGUACCAGCUCUCGGCGCGCGGCAAGGAGCUGAUUAGCGGGACCGGGUCCAAGGGCCGGGCCUCGGAGAGCGAGGGCGGGACCGAGUCGCAGCGGACCGGCAUCGCCAGGGACUCCAACACGCAGCGGCUGGAGAGGAUCCUCAACGACGCGGCGCUGCGGCUGCUGUUUCGGGAGAACCUGCGGGAAACGCACUGCGAGGAGAACCUGUCCUUUUACAAGGACGUGGGCGAGUUCGUGUCGAGCUGCAAGGCGGCCAUCCAGCAGGCCCAGGACGCGCCCACGGCGAGCUCCAUGGACACGAUCAAGGAGGUCAUGGCCCAGGCCUACGGCAUCUACAACGCCUUCCUGGCGCCGGGGUCGCCGUGCGAGCUCAACAUUGACCACCAGCUGCGCAACAACCUGGCCACGCGGAUGACCAAGGCGGUGGGCCAGGACAACACCAUGAUUGAGACGUUGAAGGAGGUGACGGCGCUCUUUGAAGACGCCCAGACGGCGGUUUUCAAGCUGAUGGCCAGCGACUCGGUGCCCAAGUUCCUCCGCAACGGCAAGUACGAGCAGCAGCUGCGCAACUUUGAGUUCGACUCGUCCAGAGCCAAGGCCGACGCCGCCGCAAGUAAUGCGUUGCCGCAACGUCCAUGA